GAAAUACGCUGGGCGCUGUCAGCGUCAAAGGAAGUACUAGAGGCAGCCUGGAGAGAUAAUCAAGUUGUCCUUUUUGCCAGUACAGUCGCAGAUCCUGCUCAGUACAUCGAAAAGCUCCGUCGACGCUCCAAAACAGCAUCAAACAACAAGAAGAUCUUUUCGGACGCCUUUGGCAACGAGCCUGUCAAGUUACUGGGGAUACCGACGAUGAUAGACGAUUACAAUACCCACAAGAGCGAGGUUGAUCGAUUUGAUCAGUGUAAAAGCUACUACUCCGUCCAGCAGGCCAAACGGCGU